AUGUCGGGAAUUCCACAGGAUUCGUCUCGGGUUCCGAGGAAUUCGGGGCGGGUCCUGUCACAAUUCUACACCAUUGUCAACUCAAAUCUGCGUCACCCGAUGGCUGCGCCUUUUCCACUUCAUAAGUUCAUCCUCAAGUGCGACCGAUGCACCAGUCAUUCUGCAAUCAACAAUCUGAUUCGGGCCACUCUUGAUCGCCAAGUGAAGGAGCUGGACCUUUGCAUUGCUCCACAUGACAUAUAG